CAGUGGAAGAGUCUUAUACUGAAACAUGGCGGACAUGUUACUGAUGGAUUUGACAUCGAGCUCAUUAGCUAAAGUAUCAGACAGAUACACUCCAGGACACAUGAUCACUGGAAUAACACAAGUACUCACUGAAAGAAGAAUACAACAACUUUGUAAGCGUCCAUUGACUACAGCAGAAUUCAUUCCUUUUCUUGCUAAAAUUGAUCCGAUUUAUAGAGAAGAAGAGGAAGCAUACAAAGCUUGGUUUAACAAGACUCCUCUUGGAAAGAAGAGAAAUAAAGCUAUCAAAGAAGCAAUGGGAGAGGAUGAUGGAGGAGGAGGGAAGAAAGGGAAGAACAAGUUUUCUACUGCUUUUGAGAAAGGAGAUCAUGAAGAAGCUGUUCGCUUACUACCAUUAGUGGAGGAACCGAAUAAAAUUAAAAGCUACUGUAAGGGGGAUGAUGUUAGUUUGCUUCAUUUGUCUUCAUACAAUGGCUGGUUAGAGUGUUACAAAAAAUCUCAUCACUAA